AUGGCGCGCACUAAAGUUAAUAAAAGAAAGAAAGGUAACCACACUGCUGAUAACAUGCUUCAGGCUAUCAGACAUUAUAGGCAAGGAUGGAGUAUUAGAAAAGCAGCUAAAGAGUAUAAUGUAUGCUAUCCAACACUGCAACGUUACAUUAAAAAAAAUGUAAAUGUUAGUACUUCGGAUUUACACAAGCAGCGAUUGACACCCAAUUAUGAUGUCAACAAAAUAUUUACUAAUGAACAAGAAAAAUCACUGACAGAAUAUAUCAAAGAGUGUGCGUUAAAAUUUUAUGGGUUAUCCACUAAAGACGUUCGAAGCCUUGCUUAUCAAAUGGCAACUAUUAAUAAUAUUAAAACUCCUGAUAGUUGGAAUCGUGAAAAAAUGGCAGGCCUUGAAUGGCUUCGGUCAUAUAGAUCAAGGAAUCUGGAUUUAUCCUUGAAAAAACCAGAAUCCUGCAGCCUUGCUCGUGCCACCGCUUUUAACAAAGACACAGUUAAGAUGUUUUUUGAUAACUUAAAGAACAUUAUGGAACGCCACCCAUCUUUUGGAAAUGGCUGUAGAAUCUACAAUUUGGAUGAAACUGCUACUACAACCGUUCAGAAGCCGCUAAAAGUUAUAGCACCUAAAGGGCGCCAGAAUAUUUGUAAAAUAACUAGUGGAGAGAAGGGUACAUUAGUGACAACAUGUGCUAUUGUCUGUGCGUCUGGGCAAGCCUUACCUCCGGCGUUAGUUUUUCCAAGGAAGAACUUAAAGGAUUAUAUGAUGACUGGCGCCCCCAUUGGAUCCCUCGGACUUGCUAAUCCAAGUGGGUGGAUGAACGCAGAGUUGUUUAUUGAAGUAAUGAAGCAUUUUAUAAAACAUACCUCUGCAAGUUCAGAAAAUCCAGCUUUAUUGAUCAUGGACAAUCACGAAUCCCAUUUAAGUAUUGAAGCUUUGGACAUGGCGAAACGUUCUGGAGAGACAAUCCUUACAUUACACCCCCACACAACAAGUAAAAUGCAACCUCUUGACGUGGGCUUAAUUGGUCCCUUCAAAGCCUAUUAUAAUAGUGCCGUAGAUUCAUGGUUAAUGAGAAAUCCCGGAAAACAGAUGACUAUAUACAAUAUAGCCGAGUGCGUAGGAUACGCAUAUGCAAAAUCAAUGACGCCAGUUAAUAUAACCUCUGCUUUUAAAAAAUGUGGUAUUUUCCCAUUCGACGCAGACGUUUUUAGCGAAAUUGACUUCAUGCCAUCUGCUGUUACUGAUAGAGACCAACCGGAAACGUCAUCUGCGAAAUUAAUGGCUGCACCUUCUGAACAAUUAAACGACAGAAAGAAUCUUGUUAGUCCAUCAUCAGAUAUUACCUGUGCUCAUAGUCCAAUACUGUUUGAGGAAAACCCUUCUGAAGAUGUUGGAGGUAAUAAUACUGGAAUCCGGAGUGCUGAAAGUCCAUCUUUAUUGGAAUCUACUACUCCUGAACACAUUAUGGCUCUUUUUGAAGCACAAAAUUCUCAAAGUCCAUCUUCAAUUAUGCACGAAGUUCUGAAAGAUACAGGCGACCGGGCAUUUAAAUCACCUAAAGAAUUUAUGCUGCCCUUAAAAAGUGGACCACGAGCUGGACGUCGUAAGCCGAGAAAACUAGGAAAAAGCAUGAUUGCUACGGAUACGCCAGAAAAGAAUCAGAUAGCUGAAGAACGAAAAAAAACACGAGACAAGAAGUCUGCGGCAAGUGCAAUUAAACGACCUAUACUGCAAGACAAAAAUUUCGAAGAACCAAGGAAAAAGAAGAAAGCAAAGAAGGUUGUAAUUCCAUCAGAUCCUGAAACAAGUGAAGAGGAAAAUUUUGAGGUUAUAGAUUUGAGCGAGUCUGAUAUAAGUGGUAGAGAGGAUGAAGAUGAAGAUCUUGAUGCUGACAAUUUACCUAUGGUAAACGAAAACUUUCGAGAACUAGAAAGAAAGCCUAAAUGUAAUGAUUACGUAUUGGUAUCAUUCAAUACUAAAAAGAUAAAAAUAUAUUAUGCUGCAGUAAUAACAGAAGUUUUGAAUUCUGAGACCUACGUAGCGUCUUUUAUGAGACUUAUAGUAAAAGAGGAUAUGAAAUGUAAAUACUACAUGCCAUUAGAACCGGAUUUUGCUGAAGUGAAUAUUACAGAUAUUAAAAUGAUUCUACCGCUACCAAAAAUAAAUGGCACAAAAACCCGAAACUCUACUUAUGUUUUCCCACUUCGCAUGUCACCAAAGUUAAAUUUGCGAUAG